AGAGAGAGGGGGCUGCAGCACCGGGGCUUCCAGCUGGCACCAUGGUGGAUAGGGGUCCCCUCCUCACCUCUGCCAUCAUCUUCUACCUGUCCAUAGGGGCAGCCAUAUUCCAGGUGCUGGAGGAGCCCAAUUGGAAGCAAGCCACCAAGGACUUUGAUGAGAGCAAGAUCAAGAUCUUACACAAGUACACCUGCCUGACCCUGCAAGACCUGGAGGACAUCCUGGAGACGGUGUCCAAUGCUGCCGGCCAGGGGGUGACUAUUACCGGGAACACUACCUUCAACAACUGGAACUGGCCAAAUGCGGUUAUCUUUGCAGCGACUGUGAUUACAACAAUUGGUUAUGGCAAUAUUGCUCCCAAGACGUCGGCCGGGCGCCUCUUCUGUAUAUUCUACGGCUUGUUUGGGGUGCCGCUUUGUCUGACUUGGGUCAGCGCUCUUGGAAAGUUCUUUGGAGGACGAGCAAAAAGGCUGGGCCAGUUCCUGACCAAGAGAGGAGUCACUCUGAGAAAAGCUCAGAUAACCUGUACAGCAAUCUUCAUCUUCUGGGGGGUCCUUGUCCACUUAGUCAUUCCUCCUUUUAUCUUCAUGAAGACUGAAGGCUGGGACUAUAUCGAAGGCCUCUACUUCUCCUUUAUCACCAUCAGCACCAUUGGAUUUGGUGACUACGUUGCAGGUGUGAAUCCAAAGGUGACUUACAGUGUCCUGUACAGAUAUUUUGUGGAGAUCUGGAUCUAUCUCGGACUUGCCUGGUUAUCCUUGUUCAUAAACUGGAAGGUCAGCAUGUUUGUGGAGGUUCACAAGGCCAUCAAAAAGAGGCGCAAAAGAAGGAAAGAGUCCUUUGAGAAUGAUCCAUGCACCAAGAAAAACAAACCGCUUUCCAUGGCGGGCUCAAAGGAUGUGAACAUUCUGAGCUUCCUUUCCAAAAAGGAAGAAACGUACAAUGAUCUGAUCAAGCAGAUCGGCAAAAAUGGUUUAAAGAACGGUAGAGAGAGAAUCCUAAACGGGGAACUUCCCGGUAGCGCGCCCAACAAAAGAAAAGAGAUGAUGGUGGUGUACAACAAACGCAAUAGUCUUGGAUUCGAUGCGGUUACUUUCUCCAAUGGCCUUCAUAAGCCGAACGUCACAAGGCCUCUGCAGGACAAGGAAGCCACCAUAUUCAUCAACCAAUUAGACCGCAUCAGCGAGGAGGAAUCGGAACCCUGGGAAUCCAAAGAUUACAAGCCUUUGAUUUUCCAAAACAACAUUACUUUUGUGAAUGUGGAGGAGGAGUGUGAUCUAUCGGAGGACGAGGAAAAGUCUAAGUCUUCCAUAGAGGAAAACAAUGACGCACCUGAGACUCCCCAACUCGAUGAGUUUACUUUACUAGACGAGUCGUCUUUUUCCAGCAACGAUACGGAAGAAACGGUCCCGUAUGAACAACUUUUGAACGAAUACAAUAAAAUCAAUACCAAGGGAGACACGUGAAGUGGCUGUACG